AGCCAAUACGCUUUCCCUUCAGUUAACGCGUGUGCAGGUGCGGGUUCAUUUCUGAGUGGAUGUGCGCGUGCACGGGCUGUUGCAUCCUCCCGAGGGACCAAUAGCUCUCGUCAAAGCCCACAUCUCAUUCAUCUGUGAGCUGGGAUGUGUUUCAUUGUGUAUGAAAGCUGAGGAUACUGAAGCCGAUACACAUGAUGAUGACGACGAUGUGACAGCCAUCCCUUCACAUCAUAACAGCGUUUCUGCUAACGAAGCAAAGCCUUUCUUCACAUGAACCGAUCGAAAACCGAGGACAGUUAUCUGGAAUAACACCCUGCACCCUGCUUUUCAAACAAAACAUCUGGGAGGAGGAGAAACAGAUUUUUAAGGCUCCGCCUCCAACAACUCCACCAGAUCACAUAAUCAUCAGUGUCUGCAGCACCCCAAUGAGGAGUUUGCACUGUUGAAAGAGACACUGUCCCGCUGAAGCCGUCAGAAACUUUAAAGAGCUGAGUACCUGCACCCCAUGAUCCUCACAUCAAGAGAAACAGCCGUUCAAUCUCUCUGUGGUCUCGUAUCUCCUCUGCUCUCUUCUAAUGGUUUGAUGGAGAUCUGGUCGGAUGACAGCUGGAACUGUUGUCAUAACCGGAGGAAUUCUCGCAACAGUGAUACUUCUUUGUAUCAUUGCAGUGCUUUGUUACUGUAGACUCCAGUAUUACUGCUGUAAGAAGAAUGAUUCUGAAGGGGAGGCGGGCUCAGUCGGAGAUCCUCAGCCGCAGUUUGCCUGCAACGCAUGCAGCGCCCCAGGGGUGGAUGGGGCGGCCGUCACCCCUCUCACCCUGCCCUACGACCCUGCUACACCGCACAACUACUGCCCCACCUGUUCACCCCACUACCUCCGUGGCAUGGAUGAGAUGCGUAACGGUGGCGAACGCCUGUCCUACAUGCCCGCUCAUUACGAGAAUCAUGGCGCUACCGCCCUUGGUCUGGCCGGCAUGUACGGCCCCGUGCUGAGCCAGCGCAGUACGCCGGACUUUUACACCAACACAAGAGCCAUCAGCACUGACGUCUGACCCUCACAAACAUGGAGGUGGACCCAGGGACGGCACUAUGGACCAGGCCUCAACCGGCCACGUGUAAAGCUCCUGGAGCCGCGUCAUCUCCACGGAGCUAAGAUGCAAAGGACUUACGGGAUGGCAUUUAAGUCUUUCACAUCUCUUUUAGUCUUCCUUCUCUUUUUUGUUUUUCUGUUGUUUGGAUUUCUCUCUUGCACACCACUUCCUCUUUCUGCUGUACUGGUUUUAAAUUAAGAACAUUGAGGGCUAUUUGAUGUUUGGGUUUUACUUAGCAUUUUAAUAGGUUAAUUGCAAAGACAAUAUUAUUACGGAUAAAGCAUACAUGACAUUUUGAUGGUAGAAAUUGAAAGGGUCGUAUACGGGCCAUUCUACAGAAUUAGUCCAAAGUAAGAGCUAAAAACCUUUUGAAAAAAAUGUCCUCACAAAAUUUGGAUGUAUUCAAAUUAUAUAAUAUUCGAGGAACACAUUUCUAGUAAUUAUGCAGUUAAUUCUCAUAUUGUAUAUUCAGAAAGUUUGGGAAUUUUUUCCUCUCCCCAAAUUUGUCACUACCGAAACACAAUGAUUUAUUAUUUAUUAAGAAGGGUUAUAUUGACCUAUUAAGAUUUUGUUUACGUCUACCUUGUAAAUAUAUUUUUUUGCUAUUUUUAACAAUGUUUGUACAGGUCAAUCAAUAACAUUUACAAUUUAAACAAUAUUUCAAGUGUAAUUUAUGGGAUUUUUUAAUAUAGUGGAUGUUUUGAAUACAAUACCGUAAAAGGCAUAAAGUUGAUCAUACUGAUUUCAAAGUUAAAGAUUCAUUAGUUUAAAUAUACCUUCAAUCAAAAACUAUCAAAACAUCUUAGUUGAUCAUUCAAUAUACUUUAUUUUUGACAAAACACCUAAUGUUUCGGUAGUGACAGCACAUUUUUGUAGUGACGGAAAGGAAGCUCCUCACUAGAAAAAAACUAAACGAUAACAAAUACAAUACACGUCACGUGUCUUUACGCGAUAUUUACGGGAUGUGUGUGAAUCACUGUGAAUAAACCAUUAUCAAAUGACAAAUCCCAGACACAUUUUCCAUAAUCGAUGUGUGAAAAGGUCUUGUGUGUGUGUGUGUGUGUGUGUGUGUGUGUGUGUGUACCUGGUAAUUAUCAUGUUAAGGGGACCAAAUGUCCCCACAAAGAUAGAAAUACCAGUGCAUUUUUGACCUUGUGAGGACAUUUUGAGGUCCCCAUGAGGAAACAAGCUUAUAAAUCAAACAGAAUGAUGUUUAUUGAAAAUUUAAGGUAGCAGAAAGUUUUCUUUGAUGGUUGGGGUUAGGGUUCGGGGAAAGUAAUAGAAUAUACCGUUUGUACAGUAUAAAACCAUUACAUCUAUGGAAUAUCCCCACAAAACAUGAAACCUGUGUGUAUCUGUCUGUCUGUCUGUCUUGUGGACACUUACGUUAGUGUAACCACAUCACAUUACAAAUCUUUUACUUGCAUACUAAAACAAUACUAAAGCAAACUACAAAACUAUUUAUUUACAUAACUGUACUAAAAUUCUGUUGAUUUCCUCCAAAUAAAGGAUUAAGUUCCUUUUUGUCACUACCAAAACAAUAAAGUCACAACCAAAACACCACAUGUUUAACAUGACAAUUUUACAUACUUUUGAGCCUAGAUCAAAGAUGUUAAUCCGCACAUUGUUAGCAAGUUCACACAGUUCUAAACAGUUGUAGCAUACACAUAAAAAGGCUAAAAACUAAAUUUUAUGGAAAACACCCCAAAAAUAUGCAGGGAAAAUGUUUGGUAAUGACGUUCCUUAAAGUUACAUACAGAUUUUCAGACUUUUAAACACAUUUAUCUCAAAACAAUGGGACAUAAUCAUCAUAUAGCUGAGAGAGGUGGAGACAGGAAUUUCCUGUUUAAAAAAGUAGGGGUGUGGUUAAAAUCAGUCUCAGCCAAUAGACUCAAACACACUGCCUCGGUAGUGACAUGAAAAUGCGGGGACAGGUUUUACAAUUUUUUGAUAAAAAAAAAUUAAAAUAGAUUUUUUUAAUUCACUCUUUUUUUAAUCAAAUAAAUAUUUUAAAAACAAUAGAAAACAAGCUGAAUAUUAUUAUUUUUUUAAAUAUCAUUUUCACACGCUGAAAUGUAAGGAUUAGGGUCCAGACAGUCCCCUCUCGAAUGAAAAUACCUUAUAAAUGAUAAUUUAUAUAUUAUUGUGGGUUUUAAUAGACAAUAAAAGUAUCUUAGUAAACAUCUAAAAUUUAAAUACUUAAAUGGUUUUUAAAUUGGGGUUUUUGGAUGUGGGACAGCAGAUUGCACCAAUUCUGUAGAAUGGCUCAUUAUUAUAUAGUCUUUGUUUAUAGUGACACAGAAGACAAGCAUUCCACAGUAAUAGUGAACUUUUAAGAAUAUAAUAGCUUUUGAAAGGUUUGCAUUUUAGCUAGAGAGUGUAAAUUUUAUGUUUCAUGUCAAUAUGUUCUGAAUAUGCACUAUUAUAUGAUGAAUAUUUUACUCAUUUGAAUAUGUUUCAUAAAUGAAUAUACGGUAUGAUUAAGAUGGUUGUUAAGUAUUAUUUAAGAUAAUAUAUUCCUGAUAUAUGUUGUCUAUUCUCUCUUUUGAUUUUAUUGUUUAUCCAUACCAUGCUGACUACAUAUUAUGUAUUUUUAAAUUGUGAUAUGUAUCUAUAACAUUUAAGUGCUGUUAUUGAUCCAAUGUCGUACUGUAUAAUUUACGAUGCAAUCCCGAUGACUUUAUAACUUUUUCAAUUUUUGAGGUGCACUCAAUUAUAAUAUUUCUGGGAGAUAAUGUUUAAAAAAGUAUUGAAAACAUAAUUUGUAAACGUUGUCCCUGUUUGUGUGUUUUAAGGGAAUCUCGUUAUAAAACGUAUGGUAUAUGACCAUUUGUCCUUGCAAAUUUGUUUAUUUCAUAUUAUUGUUCUUAUUACCACUGUCUGAAGCACUCUUUGUUAGUUAUAAAUCGCAGGAUGGCACUUCUGUUUUACAUUUGAAGAGAAAGAAGUAUAUUAGUCUAAACAUUGAAAUAAAGGAGUAGCCUAAAGUCCACAUAUUUCAUGUGCUUUUGAAUAUAAAUGAUGCAUUUAUAAAUGCCUGUAGACUUUUAUAUAAUUGGUCAAUUGUGAUCAGAGUACUAAAAGCUAUUUCACCUCUAUACAAAUACAUGUACAUAAAGAUUAUUUCAAUGAUUGAAAGGUUUCCUGUCCAGUUUUUAAAUCAGUUAUAUUCUUCUUUGUUGUUAUGAAUGAUGCUAUUCUCCCAUAGAACUAAAUUAUAAUAGUUAUACCAUAUA